GAAGUGCCUUGGAGUUUACUCUGCACUCUUAGGUUAUGACGUGUCCCGCGCCCUUCCGCACGUCGCUAUUUUCAGAGAACUGUGAGUUUAGAGGGGCAUGAAAGGGGCGUGAACCACACUCGAUUUAGGAAAGCCCUUUUCAGCCCUUGCUUUCGCGAGAGCCGCACCGUCCCGCCAACACCGCCGUUGGACCCGCGUGCUGCAGCGAGCGGGGCGCGCUAGCGACGUUAUUCAGCCCACACAGACCUGCCUGCCCACGCCAUGCUCAUUCGCAGGUGGGGUCGCGACGUGCCGAUGCGCCCAUCCGAAUCCGCGCCCCACGCCAAUACCUGCCGUGAUUACUCUCCCACUCUCUGUUAUACAUGGUCAGACGCUCUCCCACAAUCUCGAUUGUCAACACUCCCAACCUUCCAAUGUCCCAUUUCAAACUCUCCCACACUAUCCCACUCCCCCGUUCUCGUACUCUGCCGCUCUCCGAUUCACCCUGCCAUUGGCCCACACACAGGGGGUGUUAUGCCACCCCCUCUCUCUUUCCCCGUGCUCUCGCUCCCCAUUAAACUCGGGGAAAUCCCCCAUUCUCCUGCUCGCCUACUCUCUUGCUCUCCCGCAGACCCGCUCCCCCAGUCCCCUGCUCUCCCACUCUCCUGCUCUCCCGCUCUCAGGCUCUCCCUUCCACACCCACCUCCAAUCCCCGCCUUUCCCGGCUCCAAUCCCCGCCUUUCCCCGCUCUGAUUCCCGCCUUUCCCCGCUCCGAUCCCCGCUUUUCCCCGCUCCAAUCCCCGCCUUUCCUCGCUCAGAUCCCCACAUUUCUCCGCUCCAAUCCCCGCCUUUCCCCGCUCCGAUCCCCGCCUUUCCCCGCUCCGAUCCCCGCCUUUCCCCGCUCCGGUCCCCGCCUUUCCCCGCUCCAAUCCCCGCCUUUCCCCACUCUAAUCCCGACAGGGAGGGGGGUGAGGGGGGAGUGCGAUGGAGGGGAGGAUGGAGCGCACUGCUGCACCCACCCAAAACGUCCCCACGAUGACUGACGUGCUUUCCAUAGUCGCCUUCCCUAACCCACGCAUCUCCCCUACUCACCCAGCUCCUCCCAUGCCCUCUCCCCAUCUCCCAUGCUGACCCACCUCCUCCCACGCCCUCUCCCCAUCUCCCCUGCUCACCCACCUCCUCCCACGCCCUCUCCCUGUCUCCCCUGCUCACCCACCUCCUCCCAUGCCCACUCCCCGUCUCCCAUGCUCAACCCCCUUCCCCCAUCUCCAUGCUCACCCCCCUUCCCCCAUCUCCAUGCUCACCCCCCUUCCUCCAUCUCCAUGCUCACCCCC